AUUAUACAAAAAAUUUAGAUAAUUUAACAUCCAAUAUUAAAAACAAUCCAUCUAUUCCAUCAUUGCUAAAGCUAUAUGAAUCAGAAGAAAAAGGAAGCGCAGACAAAGACCAACGAAGAGCUGGAAGAAGAGAAAAUAGAUUUAUUGGAUAAAUGCAAUCAGAUAUUUGCCAAGAUCAGGUAGGAUUUUAACAUGAAAUUUCCGACUGAUUAGUACCUAAAGUUUGAUAGGUAAUACGCUAAUCAUAUGAAAAAGGAGUUUGAUUUGUUUGCUCUAUGCAUCGAAGAGGUUUCUUAAACUUAUGAUAUAGAUGGAGAGAAAUUGAUAAGUUCUUUUUUGAAUAAUAUCUUAAUUACUAUGAAAGUCAUGCUUUUCACUUAAAUAAGGUGUUUUCUCAAUUAUCUUGAUUAGACAAUUUAAUAUAACGACUCUAAGUCACUAAAAAACUGGGAAUCUUCCUAAAUUUAGCAAAUGUCUAGGCACAAAGUAAAGAUUGUUAGAGGUACAGUAGAUGAAGAUGUCAUAAAAGCAUAACAAAACAACCUAAUUAGUGACCCAUCUGAUGAAGUCAAAAAGAGACUCGGGGUAAGUUUAGAUCCUCUGUUGCGUGAAUAUUCAAUGACAAAAUAGUAGUUAAUUGAAGUCUUGGAAGAGAAGAGGCGUAAUUUAACUCUUAAAGAAUCCAAAGCUGGAAGAUAUCUUUAUAGAUAAAUAGAAGGUAUCAAGAAAAUAGUUUAGAAAGAAAAGGCAUUUGUAACAGAUUUCGAAGAAAAAUCCCUCCAAGCUAUUAAGUAAUUAGCUUUUUCUGAUAGUGUAACUUAAGUAAAAGGUAUUCUUGACACAAUUACUGAAAAUUUAGAUUAAAACGCCAAAAAAAGACUCAUAAGAGUUUUAGAAUACUUGUUUUUAAACAUGAAAAAUGUAUUUGCUAAAAAAAAUGCUUCAGUUUAAACUUAAAUUGUUGGAUAAACCAUUGAUGGAUAUGAAUCUUAAAUCACUAAAUUAAAUAAAAGUGUUUAUGAGGCAGAUAGAAAUAUUGAAUAGGUUUUAAAAGAAACUCUUCAUAAAGAUUAAAAGAUUACUGAACUGGAAAAAUAAAUAAAAUUCUUAAAAUAAGCAAAAGAUGGGAAAGACGAAAACCCUGAACAUCUUCUGAUGUAAAAAAUUGAAGAGUAGAAUAAAUAAAUAGAGAGAUUAAAUAACAUCAUCAUAGACUUGAAUGUUGAUAAAAAAUCUUUAGCAAACUAGAUUAUCACAAUUAAGCAAGAGGUAUAGACUAAUUAGGCGACCGGUGCAGAUUCAAAUUCAAAUAAAAAAGGAGGAAUUAAAUAGAAGGGAAAAAACUAGAAAUAAGCUGCUUAAUAAUAAAAUAAAAAUAGUAAAACAAAUAUUAAAUCAAAUUAACAAUUUUCUUAAUCAGAGUUUUAACUUGAUAUGACAAAUGAAUAAUAAAAUGAUAUUGAAGUAGAUGAAAACUAAUAUAAUCCAAGCUAAAAGCUAAUAACAAGUCAAACAAAUAUUCUAAGCCCAUCUGGUGCAGAAUAAAAGUAAUUUAAUUUACCUAUUUCACCAUAAGGAUACUCAUCUAGUAACAAGCUAAAGUCUAAUGAAAGCAGAGAAAGCUUCAUUAAGAAAGACUCCGAAUUUAUCUAAAGCUUUAAUAAUAACUUAAACAUAAAUAGCUCAAAUACUUUUACAUUUUAAGGAAAACCAUAGAUAUAAUAAGGUAUAUAAUCUGAAAUUAAAAGUACUCAGAUAACUGAUUUGGGUUCACCUGAUAAAAGUAAUAAAUAAAAUAAUGCUAAUGUACUAUCUAGUAAUUAAUAAAGCUAAUUUAAUAGUUUCUAAUAAUCAGGAUUUGAAUAAAACUAAAUUUAAAGUAAUGUUGCAGAUAUUCAAAAUAAAGAUUUAAAAAAUCAAAAGAACAGUUAAGCUGCACAUUUAAAUAUUUAAAUAAAUAGUGAGCAUGAAUAAAAUGAUGCAAAGCAUAAAAAUUCUAAAAAUAAUAAAUCUUAUAAAUAACAAAUUCAAAAUUCAGAAAAUGAUUAGAAAGAAGAAAAGAACCUUCAUAAUACCAAAAAUAAAGGUAAGAUAUCUAAAAAAAAUAGCAUAGAAAUUGAACAUGGAGUUGAUCAUGAUAAAUAGACAAAUUAGAAAACUAAGAAGAACAUUAAGAAUGUUAAAAGCAGUAGUAAAAAUGCUUCGAUUAGCAGUUUACAUGAAGUAAAUUCUCUUUCAUAGCUUAAUGAACAGCAGGCUGAAGCACAAAUAAGAGAAAUAAGCUAAGAUAAGAAUUAAAAAAAUAAAUUGAUUUCUUCUGGGGGAGAAAACAGUAGUAAUCACCAAAAUUUAAAGGCAAAUUCAAAUCAAAACAAUAAACAGGAUUAACUAGAUUCUUCUAAUCUUGCAAAUAAUAAUAUGAAUUAAAACUCUACGAACAAUGUUUAAAUGAAUUAAGCCAAUCAUAAUUCUAAUACUGCAUAAUAUAACUAAAUUAAAUCACAAGUUCAUUCUUCUAAAAAUUUAAAUUUAUAGCAAGAAAAGGAAGCAUAAGUAUAACUAAUUGGUUAAAUUAAAAGUGAAAAUGAUUUAAAUAGCUAGGUUUACUUAGAAAGUAUUUAAGCUUAAAGUUAAAAUUAAAUUAAAAACUCAUCCAAAUAAAAUUAAAUGAGAGGUUCUUAAAACUCUUUAUUCCCUACAAGAGAUACAGAUUUAACUUCUAUUCAAACUAUUCCUUAAAACUUCUAAAAUGGAUUAGAAGAACAUGAGCAAGGUAACCAUCAAGAAAGACUAAAAUCUAAAUUCGAUUUAAAUGAUAUACUUGAUGCCUUGGAUCUCAAUCAAGAAGAGGAAGAAGAAAAGAAGCACUCCACGAAAAUUUUGGAAGUGUUAACAAACAAAGAGAAUCCUAAAAGGAGAGAGAUUAUAAAUACAAUUGUUGCUGUAUUGAACUAACAGGAUCAGCAUAAAAAUGAGAAUUAAGAGUUAUAAUAAAAUCAUGCAAAAUAAUAAAAAUAUUCAGAAAAAAUAAGCACCUAUACUGGAUUUACUUCUUCAGAUCAAGGCUAGACAUAAUAUAAGAAGACAUAAAAUUCUAUUAAUUCUUCUCCUUAUUCUACUUAAUAGAAUUUAAGAUAUACAAAUGCUUAAGAUAAAAAAAAAUAAUAAGAUUCUUAAUUAAAUAAUAACUAAUAAAAAAGUACAAGAUUUUAAGAUAUAGAUAAAACAAAUAAAAAAUACUUUAAAUCUGAAAAUAAUUCUCUUCAUGCAAGUGCCAAAGAAAUAGAAUUAAAGGAUUCUACACUUGAAAAAAUAGAUUAGAACCUAAAUGAAAGUUCUUUAAAUACCUCAAUUUAAGGAAAAUACUAAUCUUAAUCAUAAAGUGAAAUAAAUCAAUAGUACAAAUAAAAGAAGUAUGCCACUCAAGUAUCUUUCAAAGAUCUCUAAGUAAAACCAGUAGACUAAGAACACCUAUAAAAGCUUAUAGAAAAAUAGGAAGUUUUGCAAGAUAUAUUUAAAAAAAAGAACCAAAUAUCCAUGAGUAGAUUAUAAGGUGAUACACUUUAAGCAUCAAAUAGAGAUGGUAGCUAAAACAAUUAAUAAAUGCCAAUAGAAAAAAAUUAAAAAAGAAAUCUUAGUAAUAUAGAUUAAAAGAGAGGUUAAUAUCUCAAUUAGUGGAAAUCUACAAAGGAUGAAUUUAGAAUACAUGAUCCUCAUUAAGUUUUAUAGUAAAAACCUGUAUAUACUACCUCACAUUCCACUCAAAAUUUAGGAGCUGACUAUCCCAAAAAAAAUAUACCUAAAUUUAUCCCAAACCAAAAUAAUAUAAAGGUCACUAAACCUUUCAAUGAAGAAUAAUAAUUUACUUAGGAUUUAUAUGAGCACUUUUAAAAAGGUCAAAUCAAUUUUUCAAAACUUUAAGAGUUAGAUUUAAGUGCUAAAUAGAUCAAAAGCUAAACAAACUUAAACACAAUAGAAUCUUCUGGAUCUGCUUUGUAAAAUAAGCUCAAUACAACUGGUAAAUACGAUGCUAAUAAUAUUGGAUUCUAUGAUUUCUAAGAAUAUUAUUCAGAAUUGAUACAAUAGCACAGGAGAUGUGGGCCUAUGUGUAUUCAUUUAAAGAGAUUUUAUGAAAAGCUUAACUUCAAUUACAAGCCAUAUGAAAAAAGAUAAAUGAUAAUAUGUCCUACUUUAAUAGUUCAAGAAGUCCCUAAAGAAACGAGGAGAGAUCCUACAAGAUUUAAUAUACAAUCUUAAACUAUGUAUCAAGGAAGCAGUACUAAAAUAUGA